AUGGCACAGGUGCUCACCGUGCACGGAUGUUUCGGUGAGUACCUGUGCCGAAUAGGAAAGGAGCGCACAACGUGCUGCCACCAUUGUGGCCACGAUCACAACUCCGCGCAACAUACGCUCCAGGACUGCCCCGCCAGGAGCGGGCGGCGCGGAGUUGUGAUCAGGGAACUGGGCAACGACCUCUCGCUCCCUACGAUAGUUGGGGCCAUAGUGGGGAGCGAGUGGAAGUGGAAUGUGUUCUCCUCCUUCUGCGAAUUGGUAAUGACGCAGAAGGAGGAGGCUGAGGAGGUUCGCCGGAGGGCGGAAGGCUGA